AUGGCCUACAGGCGUAGUCUCACAACAAGUGCGAAACUUCUAACCCGACAACGAUUUGCUCCUUCAUUUUCUUGUACUCAUCACGAAGACGAUUGUAACAAUUCUCAUUCAGAUGAGAAAGUAAAGAGUUUUCUUCAAAGUCGAUCAUAUGGUAACAACACCAACAGUUGGCUAGGGUUUGGCAGUGGUAUGAGUUUUCGAGAUCCAAAAGGGUCUCAGUUUCUUCAUGUAACAAGCGGAUUCUUAUUAGCUAGACAUAUGUCGACUACAAACGUAGAUGGAGACGGAGAAGAGAAGAUUGAGUGCAUGGCUGAUAAAACCAUGGAAGUCGUGUCUAGUCAAGCCACUGCUGUUAACGAAGUUGCUGUGGCUGCUGCGGAUUCUUGGCCAUCAGUUGCAGCUUUACAGUGGGCAAGCAUAGUCAUAACAACUCUUGUGAUUAGAACCUUGUCAAUUCCACUCAUGAUUAAUCAGCUCAAGGCUACCUCAAAGUUAACUAGUUUGAGGCCAGAACUGGGGCAGAUUAAGCAGGAGAUGCAAGAUAGGGUAAGGGCAUCAGACUUCUUCUUUGAUGUUGUAUAGUCAAAAAACCACCAUGUGCAUGAGUCUUGAACUUACUUCCUUCAUGUG